AUGACAGAAAUUAGAGAUCAAUUCAAACGAACUUCUUAUGGAGAUUAUGUUUUAGAAGUGGUUGGAGGUUGUAGUGAUGGAUUAGCUGGUAAUUAUCAAUAUGCAACCUCUCAUACUAAUGAAAAUUAUGUUCACCUUUUUGAUUGGUCUCAUUUGCUCAAACGGUUGAGAAAUUGUUUAUUGAAAGGGGAUGAUUUGAUUAUUGAAAAAGAGAGUUUUUCUAUGAAUACAUUAUUGAAGGUUAGAAAUGAACCCCAACUGCGAGACUGGGUAUCGGAAAAUAUAAUUUACCCAGUCGACAUUAUGAAAAUGGAACCUGUUUUUGCAUUGAUAGAUUCUAAUGUUAUUAGUGGAAUUGAACAAAGCAAGCAAAUAGGAUGUUGUGCAUUAGCAAAAUAUUUAACGUUAAUGCAACAAAUACAUCAAAUUUUUGACGAUGAACGAUGUUCAAACUGGAAUGAGAAAAAACAAUUAAUUGAAUCUGUACUGACAACACUUAAGGAAUGGAAAGAUGCAAAUUCUAACAUCAUAUGUUAUGGAAAUUGUAACGUAAGCUUAGACUAUUCUGAAUUACAUCGAAAACACUAUGUAAAGAAACACAUUCUUCAAGAAGACGAUGAGGACACGUUGUUAGAGAAAGAUCAAACUAUUUCUGAAGAGAUGUAUGAAUAUGUGCUCGAUGUCACUCAAGAUUUUCUUCCACAGAAAAAUGUAAUGCUGAUACGAGAGUAUUUAUGUAAACAAGCACCAGUCGCGGAUGAUGGAACUAUUAUGAACAAUAUUUUUCUCAGCUGCCCUGAAUGUAAUCAAAUAAUGGUCCCACAACGAUCAUUCAUUAAGCACUUACAAUGUCACAAUUAUUCACCUCUGCAAUGCAAAGAUACACUGUACAACACAAUUAUUAUUUCACUCAAAUCUCGCCAAUUUGGCCAACAUGUUGAGGGUAUUGUUGAGGGUAUUGUUGAGGAAAUAGCAACCAAAUUGGUAACCAAUACCUUUAAGCAAAUUCGAAUUCGAACAGAACCUGAAUUACCAAAAGAAUCAGUUAUUACAUUUAAUUCAGAAAAAGGAUUAUUUGUUCCAUCUAACGAGAAGCAAUCACAAGCAGAAAAUAUUUCAACAUCAAAUAUCGCCACCAUCGACUCUAUUUCAGAAGAUUCAACUCAAAUGUCAGAAACUUCACCUCAAAACAAAUAUGUAUUUUUUGAUAUUGAAACGACUGGAUUAUGGAAGAAUGAUGAUCCACCAAAAAUUACGGAAUAUUGUUUUGUGGACGUUUUGACUGGAGCUGUUUUGUAUGGCUUAGUUAAUCCUGGAAAAGUGAUUUCUAACCAAGCACAAUCAAUUACAGGACUUAACUUGAAUAGUUUAAGAUCAAAAUUGCCUAUUGAAGGGCAUGUGAAUGAUAUUAUCCAAUUUAAACAAUAA